UCCAAUUGCUUGCGCGGAAAAACCUUUGCUUUUUUUUUUCUAGCUAUAGCUUGCUGCUCCUCGCCUGGCCUGGUCUGGACGGCGUGCGCGUCCAUCCACUUCGCCGUCUCCAGCUCCAAGUCGGCGCCUUGGCUUUGCCUCCUCCCUCCCCUCGCCCUCGCCCUCGCCCUCGCCCUCGGCAUUCCAGCAGCUCCUGCUCCGGAUCGUUCGAGGAGCUCCCCGAUGGACGACCCGGGAGCCGCCGACCCCGCUGCGCGCCACCACCACUCGCCGCAGGUCGCCGGCGGCGGGGGGCAGCAGCAGCCGCCGGUGCCGCGCUCCCCGACCCCGCUCGACCUGCCCUCCGCCGCCUCGGCGUCCGCGUACCGGCGCCUCUCGCCGUCGCUCCGGCCGCCGGCGCACCCGCAGGUGCGUCUCCCGUCCCCCUACGCCCAGAUCCCCGCGCCCGGCGGUGGGGGCCACCACGCGCGCUCGCUGUCCCAGCCCCUCUUCUUCUCGCUCGACUCGCUCCCGCCGCCACACGCCGAUCUGGGCGCGGCGCCCGCUAUACCGCCUUCCCCGCCGUCGUCGAGCUCCGACCCGCCGCCGUUCGGGCUACCGCCCAGGAGGGCGGGGCACCGGAGGUCGCAGAGCGACAUACCCUUCGGGUUCGCGCAGCUCAGCCCGCUGCUGCCGCCGACGGCGCCGGUGAAGCGCGAGGCGGCGACGGCGGCGGAGGGGUGCAGAUCGGACGGCGACGACGCAGCCCUGUAUGACCUCGUCAACGCCUACAUGGACCUGGACGGGCUGGACCCACUCAACUCCUCCGGGGAGCGCCACGACGACCGCGACAGCCGUGCGAGCGGCACGCGGACCGGGAGCGCGGCGGAGAGCAGCGAGAACGAGGCGGAGAGCCAGUCCACGUCGGUAGAGAGGAAGGACGCAGCCAAGUCCCGGCAUUGUCGCAGCCUGUCGAUGGACAGCUUUAUGGGGAAGCUCAACUUCGCCGCUGGUGAUGAGUCACCAAAGCUUCCACUGCCGUCUCCCAGCGGUGGCCUCACCAGGAGCGGCAGCCGGUCCCUGGAAGGUGGUGCUGCGGCACUGUUUGAUGCUGAGUUUGCCAAUGGAGAGUUCUCUGAGGCUGAGAAGAAGAAGAUCAUGGCCAAUGAGCGGCUUGCUGAGAUAGCUUUGACGGAUCCCAAGAGGGUCAAGAGGAUCCUGGCGAAUCGACAGUCUGCAGCAAGGUCAAAGGAGCGCAAGAUGAGGUACAUUCAAGAGCUUGAGCAUAAGGUACAGGUAUUGCAGACGGAGGCUACUACACUCUCAGCACAGUUGACAAUGCUGCAGAGGGACUCAGCCGGACUGGCAACUCAGAACAAUGAGUUGAAAAUCAGGCUGCAAGCAAUGGAGCAGCAAGCACAACUAAGAGAUGCCCUGAAUGAGGCAUUGACUGCUGAGGUUCAGCGUCUGAAACUCGUGACUGGCGAGAUGCUUCAACUUCAGCAGCUGCAAAUACAGCAGCAGCCAUCCCAGACGCAGCAAGGUCAGCAGCAGCAGCAGCAGCAGCAGCAUUAGAAAUCAGCAUAGAUUGGGGUCCAAAAUGGUGGACCCGGGCCCGUAUCACAAAUGAGCACUUCGAAACGAAGCUGAUUAAGUUAUGACAACUUUGAAGGAUGGCAGCAGAAUAUGCUGGGGGAAAGAAAACCAAUCUUUUGCGUAUAUCAGACAGGUUGUAGGAUAGCAAUGGUAGGGCGAGAGACGCUGUCUGCCCAAGUUGUUCUUGUUUAAUACCUAGCCGGAGCAUGUUGUCGUAUCGUACCAUACUAGUGAGGCGUCGGGGUAGCGUUCCUGAACAUUCUCUCCGAGGUGCUUCUGUACUUUGUCUAAGAGGGUAGUAGCCUGUUACAAUGUACUGUGACAGUGUAAUUAUCUAUAGCGUACACUUAGUGUUUGCCGAAGUAUUCCCAUGUCCUGAUGUUCAUUAGUGAUUGAUUUUGGUCUU